CAUGGCGCACUGGAGGUUAGCUGUUUUAUGACAGUCAGGGCUAUUGAUUAAUUUACUUUAACCAUGUUCAUUUAAAUAACGUCAUGGUACAUUCUUAAAAUAUGAUACCUCGUGAAAACCGAUGGCUCAUUUAGUCUCUAUGGAGAACGGAGCACUACAUUUUGUAGCUGUGUUUGCUGUCGUCAGCUGGAACGGUUAGCAUCGAUAUGCUAGCUGAAGCUAGUUAGCUGGUCUAACAGUAAGGAGUCAACGUUAGGCAAACACUAAAUAUGCGUGUUUACCUAGCCUAUACUGACGUUAAACUGACUACAAAUGAUUAAAAUACACUGUUUAGCCUCAAAUUAGACGUUUAUUGUUCAGGACAACGGUAACAAUAGCUAACAUUGUGUUAGCUGAGUUAGGAGGAUGAGGAGCCGCUAUGGAUGUGGUUUGUUGCUGGCCGGUGGGAUUCUCCUGUCGGCUUUUUGGCUGUCUGAAGGUGCCCCUCUUCAAUAUCCUCGCACGUCAGGUGGAAGCCCAGGGGACGCGCUGCCCGUCUCCCUCGCCCUCUCUCUGGCGGUGUCGCUGACGGCGCUUUUGGCCUUGGCUGUGUUGCUGGUGAACUGUGUGACCUGCUGCAAGGAAAGAGAGAUCAACUUCAAGGAGUUCGAGGACCACUUUGACGAUGAGAUCGACUUCACUCCGCCGGCAGAGGACACGCCUUCCAUGCAGUCGCCCGCCGAGGUGUACACCCUCGCUGUGUCCCCUGUGGCCCUGCCCGGGCCCCCCCACCUCCAACCUCCUGUCCGUAUCACAGAGGGAUCCACAGGCUUCCAGGUAGCACGUCACAGUCUCAGUUACAUCCAGGAGAUUGGCAACGGCUGGUUCGGCCAGGUCCUUCUGAGUGAAAUCUACACCGAUCCAGGUGGAGCCCGGGUGGUGGUGAAGGAGUUAAAAGCUAAUGCAAGUGCCAAGGAGCAGAAUGACUUCCUGCAGCAGGGGGAUCCAUACAGAGUUCUGCAGCACCCAAACAUCCUCCAAUGCCUGGGACAGUGUGUUGAGGCCAUUCCGUUUUUACUCGUCUUUGAGUACUGUGAAAUGGGGGAUUUGCGUGGCUAUCUAUCUCAGCAGGACUGGAUGUUCCAAAAUGCUGAGUUGCUGCAGCUGCAGAGGAUGGCUUGUGAAAUCGCUGCUGGCGUCACUCACCUUCACAAACACAACUUCCUGCACAGUGAUUUGGCUCUGAGGAACUGCUACCUGACUGGAGAUCUAACGGUCAAAGUGGGAGACUAUGGAAUUGGACCCUACAGAUACAAAGAGGAUUACAUCAUCACGGAGGAUGAUGUGUUUGCACCCCUUCGCUGGUUGGCUCCUGAGCUGGUGGGCGAGCGCCAUGGAGGUGUGAUUACUAUGGAGCAGACCAAGCCCAGCAACGUGUGGGCCUUGGGUGUCACAUUGUGGGAGCUCUUUGAGAGUGCUGCCCAGCCGUACCCACACCUUUCUGACCGGGAGGUUCUCAAUCAUGUGAUAAAGGAUCGACAAGUCAAACUCUUCAAGCCGCAGCUGGAGCUCCCUUAUUCCGACAGAUGGCACGAGGUCCUGCAGUUCUGCUGGCUCUCUCCAGACAAGCGGGCCACAGCAGAGGAAGUGCACCGUUUGCUCAUCUACCUGCGCAUGCAAGGCCAGAAGGACAUAGAAGAAGACUUUGAGCAACGCUGGGACGCCCUGAAGCCAAACCCGUCCGCGCGGCAGACCACUGUCAGCCACUCGUCGUACCCGAUCCUGGAACAGUUUGCCGAUGACGCCCUGCGACAAGAGAUCGACGAAAUCCUCACGGUCACAGAAACGAGCAAAGGUCUCAGCUUUGAGUACGUUUGGGAGGCGGCCAAGCACGACCACUACGAAGGCGGCCACGGGCGCUCGGGCAUGGACACGACAUUGAACUACCACAGCAUGUUCUUUCCCGUUUCCAGUGAAGACAUCCAGGCCCAUUUCCCCAAUCCUGUUGGCAGAGCAGCAGCCUCAAAAAGUGGUAACACUCCUUCAGGAAUCCCUGGAAUCCUUCCAGUGUUUGACGCACAAAAGCCAGCUACCGGAAAUGAAUAUUACAUACAACUAGAAGAGCAAGGGGAGAGCACAGUCGGGGUAGACAUGAACAGAGGGGAAGACAUGGACUUCAGUUCAGGUCGGCAAGACUUUGUUGUUCUCCAAGAUGUCCGUCUGGACGAGUCCAGUACCGAUGCUGAUUUCUUCCACCAAAGUAUUGACUCCAAGGAUUCCUAUUUACCAGACAGCCAUAUCUGGUCCUCUCUUGAAAAUGACAGUCCAUACCACACCAAUAUCUUCACUGACGGGGGGUCCAAGCAAGAUGACUCUCCUACCUGGAGACGGAGUUUUAUGGAGCUUCCAGAGCGCAAUGGGAACCCUUUCCUCCAAGGCGGACCACUAGAAGGCCAAGAGGUGGAUAUAGAUAAAAGCAAUGGGGGUUCUGCUUUAGGUGAUUGUUCAGAAGCCCCCCACCUGGCGGAUUGUGUGGAGGUGGUGAGCACGGACGAGAAGAGGCUUCUGAACACUGAGAAACUGGCCGAGAACUUUAUGUUCCUCACGGACCGGAAUCUGAUGAAAGACGGACCGGAUUUCUCAAGUCUACAGGAGAACUUCCUCUUUCCGGGUCUGACGCAUGAACCAGAGGAACAGUUCAAAAUGAGUUCGUGGGAAAACAUGGAGAAUUUAGGCAGCUUAGUCUCAGCAGACAAUUAUUUAAAACCCGCAGCAAGUAGCACAUCCUCAAGACAGGAACUUUUAGACUCUCCAAGUAACAGUUCGGGGGACUUUUGUCUGUCUCUGACUGAAAACACAACACUGGUGCCUUUCAUCACAGUGGUCACAGAGGAUAACUCAAGCCACCCGCUGCCAGUUACAAAUAGUUCUUCCACAGAAGACCUCGGUCUGCUGCAGUCCUCUCACAGAGGUGCAGACUCUGGUUUUAAUUCUACCUCGGAGAGGUGUGAGGUCAUCGUCAGUCAAACCGAUGGCCACGCCCCCGCAAUCUCUGAAAGUGCCACUGCGGACUCAUUGUGCACGGAUGCCAAAAUCCCCAGCCUUGAAGAAGACCUUGGAACCUCAAAGGAUAAUGUGCAGCCCAAAGGAAGUCAACUGCCUGAAAACCUGCACGUCCACACGUUGUCCCCCGACAACGGACAUAGUGAAGACCUCACAAGUAACGACCUGUUGAGUGACCUCAUCGAGGACGCCGACACGGAACUGGAAUCCACGUUGUCCGACCACGAAGAGUCCUUCAUGGACACCGAUGGGCACACCACUAUCAGGUCGUCCCUGUUGGUGUCCGGGCCGUCUUUGGACCAGAUCAGCCAGGACAGUUUACUGGAAGACAGUAUGUCCACGACUCUACCAACUAUGGAUAACUCUGCCGAGACGCCGGACUCUUUGGACUCCCUCGACAUCCACAGGCUGGGGGAGCAGGGAGACGAGCUAAAUGCUCUAAUGGCCCAACACAAACUGCAGCCCCCGUACAAAAUAUCAGACAGCGGCUACGAGACGGAGAACCUGGAGUCCCCCGAGUGGAACUCUCAGCCCAACGUCGAAGACCAGUCCCCUGUCAAAAACGGCCUGAGUGUUGCUAGAGAAGAAGAAGAAGAGGAGGAGGAAGAAGAGGAGGAGGAGGAGGAGGAGCAGCAGGGGGAGACUGAGGAGCGCACAGCCGUGACCAAUCUGGUUCCACCAGCAAUCGUCAUCUCUGAAGCAGGAGGUGCGCUGGAUGCUCCGAGGGAGGGGCCCAGCGGGGGCGGGCGGGCGGAUCGCACGCCUCCCCCCGCCGACGAGCCCUUCAUGGGCAGCAACUACAGAGACUCGGCGUACUUCUCGGACAACGAGUCGGAGCCCGAGAAAAAGUCAGAGGAAACGGCCGCCGGAGGUUCCGGGGAAGCGGCGUGGCCGAGGAGCUCCGCCGAGGGGAUCAGCGCGGCGCCCGAGCUCGACCUGGAGGGGGGUGCCGACCUUUGGAUCUCCCAGCGGGAGCCUGCCGGGGCGCUGCGCGGCGGCGACGAGGAGGCGUCUCCUUUUGGAGGCGUGUUGUCGGAUGCCGCCUCGGACAUCGCUAGGGCACGCGAGACUGCGUCUCCGAACAGUCACAAGGACGAGUCAAAGAAUUCCGAGCCACUCGAGGACGCGGCACCUGCUGCGGAUCAACAACAAUCAGAGGAUCCGCAGACCUCAACCCGACUUCCUUCGCUUGCCUCCGUCGCCCCUGCGACGCGGGCGCCAGAGAGCUCGGGUCACGCCAAGCUCACCAGGACCUACGCCACCGACUGCCAUAAAAUGAGAGAGCCGGGCCUGGAGGGGCGUUUCCUGGGGAGACCGGACGGACACGAGGACGGCGGCGGAGACGCCGACGAGGAGGACGAGAAUAGCGAUGACUCCGACGAUGACGACGUCCGGGGUUACAAGCUCCGCAGCUCCACUUCGGAGAGCGAGGACGACGACGACGAUGACGCCGCCGCCGUGCACGCGGUGCCGCUUAUCGUCUCGGAUGACAGCAGUGCGAAGAACCUCAAGAGCUUGUUGAAACCUGCCGCGCCCAACGUCCAGCCGACUUCCUCCCCCCAGUCUCCUGCCAGAGGCAAAGGCGACAACGCCAGAAGAGCCGUGUCUUUCUUCGAUGAUGUCACAGUCUACCUGUUUGACCAGGAGACCCCCACUAAAGAACUGGGGGACCACUCCUCACACAAUCAGGCCCCAGAGUUCAGCAGCCCGGUUCCCACUGUCGGCUACCUGAACCGGUUCACCAACUCCGAAAGCUCCACUGAUGAAGAAGGUGGCGGUUUUGAGUGGGACGACGAUUUUUCCCCGGCGCCAGCCUUCCUGCCCAGGACGGACAAAGACUCCCUGUCGAAGGCCGUGUCCUCGUCGGCCGCGUCUCGAUUCGCCUCCUCGCCGCCCGCGGCCGGCCGCGUGCUGGAGCCCAGCUGGAGCAACUCGUCCAACUACUCCCGUUUCUCCAUCUCCCCGGCCAGCCUCGCCAGCUUCUCCCUCACGCAUCUCACCGACUCCGACAUCGAGCAGGGAGGCAACAGUGAAGAUGGAGAAAAGGACUAGUGUGACUCAUUAGCAUGCCACUAUUGAAAGAAUCAACCUAAACUCGCACUUUUUAAGAAUUGAGAACAGCUGAACAUGGAGAAAUGGUUGGAGGGGCACAUCGAUGCUUCUCUCAGGCAGAGCCGCUCUUCCGGGCCGCCCCCACCCCCCCUCUACUCCCUCUCCCCCCUCUCCACCUACAUCAGUGUGUCAUUUCAAUUCAGUGCAAUUCCACUUUGGAAGAAAAGAAGGUUUCUACAUGUUUGCUUUAAAGACUUUAUCAUGUGCAUUCCAGGUUUUUGGCUGCUUCUUUUUCUUUGUGUCCACGUGCACUCAUUGUUUCACCAAAAAAAAAGAAAAAUACUUUUAUGCUCUGAAUUCAAUACACUGGGCUGACAAAACUCGUCACUACAGCCAAAUAGGAAUGGCCUCUUUGAUUUCAGCAGACCUAAAACUGAAGAUCCAAGCUUAUCCUUUUUGGAUUUUUGCACCUUUUAUGUUGUGUGAUUAUUUCAGUGGAUGCCUCUUUUGGAAGAAUGAUUUCUUUUUUUCGUAACCUCUCAUCAGGUGUUUUUAUGUCACAAUCUCCUAAUUGGAGAGAAGCUACUGUACAGAAUUUGAAGAAGAAGGGUUUGAAUUUACCUGAACUAAAAAAAGGAAAACCUCAUCUACACAGGUGACAAACGGAGUGUUCCUUUUAUUCAUGUUUGAAAGGAACAUUUUCAGUAAGUAGUCUCAUAUUUUUGAGACAACCCCGGUAAGAACGUUUGGUAUCAGACAAGGAUCGACAUGUUAAUCUUUACUGAGUUGAUUCAAGUGAAAUACUGUCGUGAGGUAAAGCUAAAGAAGUUAUUCAUUUUGUAAUGCUUAACUUAAAGCUCUUAAAUGUGCCGGAAGGCACUGGGAUGGAUUUUACUACGUGUCGCCGUGCCUGUGAGGACAGCUGCACUCCUCCAUCCACCAUCACUACUAAGUUCAAAAUCACACCUUUUUAGUGAGAUCCUGUAAAAAGUGCGAGAUUUAUUUUUUAAAUGUGCGAAUGGAGAAAUAUUGAUGAGUUGUUUGUGUAUAUAAAAAAAAAAAAGUGCAAUGAUUUUUUUUUUUUUAUUUGAGUUGACCCGGCAGUCGUGGUGGCAGUUUGUCAGUAAAGUGCAGGGACGUAAAGCUUCACAAAAACAUCACUUCCAGAACAAAAAACACUGCUGCUUUUAUCAGAUCAGUGUCAUGAACAGAGUCGUCUGCCUUUUAUUUUUUAAUUUAUUUUUUUAACAUUGUGUCAAACUUAAUUAAUCUGUUCACGUCCUUUUCUUCACUAAGCACCCAUCGUCCAGUUGCUUUUUUUUUUUUUUGCAUCUUAUUUGCAGGCCA